UGUUCACCAAAGUGGCAACCAUAACCCGGACCGUUGCGGGGAUGAGCAGCGGCUAAUGGCUGACUGGGAGUUUUGUAUUAGCUAACGUCCGCCUCUGCUUCUGAUGUGGGCAUUUGUGCUGGUGCACUGUUCCUGAAGCUGCACUUGGAAGACAGAGCAUACAAAGUGCCAAGCCACCUGGGUUGGCAGCCGCUCUGCAACAUGUCCAAGAGUAAGAGCCCCGAGUCUGUCAAGGUGGUGGUCCGAUGUCGCCCUAUGAAUGAAAAAGAGCGGGCGGCCAAGUUUGAAAGGGUGGUAUCUGUCGACGUCAAAUUUGGCCAAAUUAGUGUCAGGAACCCCAGGGAAGCUUCAGCCAAUGAACUCCCCAAAGUCUUCACCUUUGAUUCGGUUUACGACUGGAACUCCAAACAAAUAGAUCUGUAUGAUGAAACCUUCAGGCCCCUGGUGGAUUCAGUUCUUCUUGGGUUCAAUGGGACCAUUUUUGCCUAUGGGCAGACGGGUACAGGCAAAACAUAUACUAUGGAGGGGGUGAGAAACGAUCCAGAGAGGAGAGGGGUGAUUCCUAAUUCCUUUGAGCACAUCUUCACUCACAUUUCACGGUCCCAGAAUCAGCAGUACCUGGUGAGAGCAUCAUAUCUAGAAAUUUACCAAGAGGAGAUCAAAGACCUGCUCUCUAAGGACCAGUCACGUCGUCUCGAGCUCAGGGAGAGGCCUGACACGGGUGUGUAUGUCAAAGACCUUUCAUCAUUUGUUACCAAGAGUGUGCGUGAGAUUGAACAUGUCAUGAAUGUGGGCAACCAGAAUCGUUCAGUGGGUGCCACUAACAUGAAUGAACACAGCUCCCGUUCUCACGCCAUCUUCGUCAUCACUGUAGAGUGCAGUGAGCUGGGUGUGGAUGGGGAGAACCAUAUCAGAGUUGGCAAGUUGAACCUGGUAGAUUUAGCCGGUAGUGAAAGGCAGACCAAGACUGGCGCUCAGGGGGAGAGGCUUAAAGAAGCCACAAAGAUCAAUCUGUCACUUUCUGCUCUGGGGAAUGUCAUAUCGGCUCUUGUGGAUGGCAGGAGCAGCCACAUCCCCUACCGAGACUCAAAACUCACCCGUCUGCUGCAGGACUCUCUGGGGGGAAACGCCCGCACUGUCAUGGUUGCCAACAUUGGCCCAGCAUCCUACAACGUGGAGGAGACCUUGACAACGCUGCGCUACUCCAACAGGGCCAAAAACAUCAAGAAUAAACCACGCAUCAAUGAGGAUCCCAAGGAUGCCCUGCUCAGGGAGUUUCAGGAGGAGAUCGCGAGGCUGAAGGCGCAGCUGCAAAAGCGUUCUGGGAAAAAGAAAAGGAGGAGGCAGAGGAGGAGGGCCGGGGAAGGGAGCGACGGCGAGGAUCUGGAAGAAGGAGAGACGGAGGAGGAGGACGACGAAGAUGGGGACGAUAAAGGGGAUUACUGGCGGGAGCAGCAGGAGAAGUUGGAGACAGAGAAGAAGGAAAUCAUGGAGGAUCACAGUCUGGUGGCUGAGGAGAAAGCUCGGCUGCUUAGAGAGAAACAAAAGAAGAUGGAAGAUUUGAAGAGGGAAAGGGAGGCUGGAGAGAUGCUUGCAGCCAAAGUGAAGGCAAUGGAGAGUAAGCUCCUGGUAGGGGGGAAGAACAUUGUGGAUCACACCAAUGAGCAACAGAGAAUGCUGGAGCAGAAGAGGCAGGAAAUCGCUGAACAGAAACGGCGAGAGCGGGAGAUGCAGCAGCAGGUGGAGAGUCGCGACGAAGAGACUCUGGAGUUGAAGGAGACCUACAGCUCUCUGCAACAGGAGGUCGACAUCAAAACCAAGAAGCUGAAAAAGCUGUUUGCCAAGCUGCAGGCAGUGAAGGCAGAAAUCCAUGACAUCCAGGAGGUACACAUCAACGACCGCCAGGAGCUGGAACAGACCCAGAACGAGCUCACCAGGGACCUCAAACUCAAGCAUCUUAUCAUCGAGAACUUCAUUCCCUUAGAGGAGAAAAACAAAAUAGUAAACAGGGCUUACUUUGAUGAGGAGGAUGAAUACUGGAAAAUGAAGCCCAUCACACGUUUAGAGGAUGACCAUCAGAUGAUGACCAGGCCUUUGUCUGCGGUUGGCUACAAGAGGCCUCUCAGUCACCAUGCUCACAUGGCCAUGAUGUUGAGGCCUGACAUGAGAUACAAAGCUGAAAACAUCAUGAUGCUGGACAUGGACCUGCCAGCUCGGACCACUAAAGAGUAUCAGGAGCCGGUUAUCGCCCCAAAGGUGGCGGCAGCUCUGGAGGAUGCUCUAAGGGAUGAGGAUGAGAUCCAGGUCGACGCCUCAGGCUUUCACAGCAGCCUGGGACAAACCCCACCCGCCAGCGCCAGCAGCAGCCUCAAGAAACCAAAGUCUGGUCGGCCAAGGACAGGCAAGAAGUCGAGCACCCCGACCUCUCCAUUCAGCCCCUGCAGCCCAGGAUCCCCGCUGUACCCACAAUCCCGCGGCCUGGUGCCCAAGUGACAGCUUUUACCACUAAAUGUCACCACCAACCUCUCUCGUGCACCUUGCCACUUUGGGACUCAACUUUGAGAGAAUGGGUUUUGUUUUGUUCGAGUAUAUUUUUUUUUGUCAUGAUGACGAUAGAGAUAAACUUAAGACUAAUGCUGCUUUGUAGGUUUUAACUGUAACCGCACCACUAUUAACUGUUAUCAUGAGCUUUUCAUCUUCGAGAUGUGAAACCCCUCAUCCUGAGUGGGAGUCAGUACAACACCAGGACAGCAGCCACGCAUGAAGCCUCACAUCACCCUACACUACUGUUAUCCUUCCAUACAUUUGGCUGAAUGCCACUAAUGUCUUAUAUAUCUGUGUCACAAUGUUCUUAAUGUACAGGAAAAAAUGAAGAUGGGCUUACAAUCCCCCGUUGAUGGACUGCAGUAUCCUCAAUGCACUACAUCUUCCUAUCUUCCCAGAUCCGUGUUGUGUGUUGUAGUCUCUUACUGUAAGUGUGGACAUGGGUGGGGGGCAGGGGGUUGACGUUAUGACACAUGGACUGGGCAGCUCUGCAGUCGUCACCAACAGGCUGUGGGUGUGUUGUAUGUCAGGCCGCAUAUCUGUGUGUGUCUUUACGUCGCUGUCAGAAUAUGGAACAUUUCGGGUUAUGUCAAACUGCGCUGUUCCUUCCAUUGUUGGUCUUGUGAUAAGCUUUAAGUCUUUUGUGCAUGUGUUGUUUAUGUCUUAAAGGAAUACUUCAACAUUUUGGGAAAUAAGCCUAUUGGCUUAGUUUCAGAGUGAGAUGAGAAAACCAGUACCACCCUAUUAUGUAGAAGCAACCUCAUGGUGACAAUAAGACCCCAAGAAGUCAGCGCGGCCAGCUAUGAAAUAUUUCUAGCAUGCGCCUCCUGCCAAAACCACAGCAUGUCACUUUCACAUUUCUGUUUGUGUAUGGAUUAAAAGUCCAGUGUGUAACAUUUAGGAGGAUCCGUUGGUAGAAACCAUAGACUGUAUAAAUAAAAAUGGACGAGCCGUUGUGAAGCUCAGUGUGGUCGGCUCUGGCUGUCACCAUCUUCGUAGUCCUGACUCCCCUGGCUCCCAGUUAAUCCAAAAAUGGUCAAAGUUGGAGCGUGAAUGAAGCCUUGUUACUGAAAACAGCUGCCUGUGACGGCACCCUCCUGUCACUCAAACCAACCACGCCCCUUAAUUAUGCAUAACCUUAAGCCUUAAUAUCAUUAAAAUGGGUGAGUGCUAUAAAAAUUCAACCCCGUACAGUUGUCAUGAACGGGAGAAAUUAGCUAUAGAGAGCAGAAGUGUUUUUUGUACCAAAACAUGUUUAUUUCUGCUCUAAAGCUCUAAAUGUUCGAGCCAGCCUCAAGUGGCGGUUAGAGGAACUGCAGGACCUUUUCCGAAUUUCACAGCCACCACAGUUUCUCCUACACCCUUGGAACAAGAGGGUGAUGCGAGGGGGUUGUAAUUGGUAACUACACCACUAGAUGCCACUAAAUCGUACACACUGGUCCUUUAAACAAACAAGAUAAAUUGUGUUCAAUGUUCAUUAGUAGGCAAAUGGACAGAGACGGGCUAGCUGCUAGCCCUUGCUUCCACUCCUUAUGCUAAUCCACCUGCUAGCUCUGGCUUCAUAUGUAGCAUAUACACAAUCCAAACAUUUUUAAUUUCCUAAAAUGUGGAACUGUUCCUUUAACUCUAUGCUUGUAAAUGCACAGGCCAGAAAGUAAAGCACACUACAGACUCUGUCACAAGUUGCUGUAAUCAGUAGAUGCUGUUCUUCCUGGGGCAUAUGAGACGGAGGUGGGGAACGACGGGAGAGAGCUCAACACAUUUACACAAACGCCCACUGCGGACACAUUUUAGGGUGCACGACAGUGCAGCGGGCCACCUGACACCUGAGCGGGAGAUCAGAGCUAACCACACCCUGGGUCACUUCAAAGUUACUGUCCUGGAACGUGCCUCAGAUUUAUCAGGGUUCCAAGGUGCCUUAACCUGUGUCCUCAUUCUCUGCUCCUUUUAUAUGAAGCGUGCACACAUUCUUAUCGGCCAGUGGUUUUCUUUUCUCUCAUCUAAUCAUUCAUUCCGGCAUCAGGGAAUUGCUAUUAGUGUGGUCCCGACGUUCCUUUCAGAAAGGGGUGCACUCAUAUGGAGAGGCAGAGCAUUUGGACACCGCAUUCAACCACCCCCAGGUUUCUGGGUAAGGGCCACAGGAAGGCAAGGCAAGCAGAGGGCGAUGUAUUCCCCUUCUGUUUUCUUUUUUUAUAUAUUUUUUUUUACCUCAUCUAGCUUUGUAUUGGUCUGAGUGGUCCUUGGAAAGAACUGAUUGGUCUAACAGAACACUAAAUAAAACCCCAGGGGAGUGCUGAGCGCUAAACAGUACUGCAGUGGUGCCACACAACUCACAUAUAUGGACUUGAAUGCAUCUGAAUACACAAACCGUUCCUUUUGUUUGCCUACAGAUGAAUAAUAUGCAGUUUAACUUCCAUGGUUCAGCCUGCCUCUCUGCUGCUCUCUGUUCCCCAUACUCUAACUGAGGGGUGUGCUGUCCGCUCGCUGCUACUGUGUAGGGUUUUACAACCCACUGUGACAUUUUAACAGGCUGUGGUGCAGCAGCAAAUGAAAUCCUCUCAAAUACAUGUGACUUGUGCAGUUGUCUGUUUCAAGCUGCAGUAGGUAACUUUUAUAAAAAUGUUUCGUCAUGUUUGCAUGUUAUCCUGACAGCAGUUCAUGAGACAGAUAAUCUGUGAAACAAUCAGGUUCAUCUGGCUCCUCCUAGAGGGCGUCAAAUACAGACGCUUUGAGUUGGUGGCUUGAAGCUUUGGAACUGAAAGUGUCUGUAUUUGAUGUCCUGGCAAUGAGACUCAACAAUCAGCUAUCUUUCUUGGCUCUGAUUGGUGGUUUUCGUUCAGGCCCGGUGGAUUCUUAAAAAUGCCAUUAGGAGCAGUAGGAGUAGGAUAAUGAACGUUUCAGCAAAUGUGACAAAAAGGUAUUUUAGAAAAGUUACCUACUGCAGCUUUAAGAGCCACCCAGCCUGUCGUUAAAGGAGCUCUUUUGCUGUUGGACCCAUGCCUGCAUACCUUAUGUGUUUAGAUAUGUAACAAUGAUUAUAGACUUGUUGAUAGGCAAUUCUCAGUCACUUUUGCAGAUAUAUAAAAAAAAAUACAAAAAAUAGGUUGAAAAAAAUUAACUUAUUAUAAUCUUUCAUUUUUAUAUACAGAUGUAGAUAUACAUUUUGAUUCAGUUUUUUUCCUUUAAAAUAGAUUAAUGUUUUAUUUUUUUAGCUUUGUAAUUUAAUGUUGAAAUGUUAUUCUUUUUCAUCACACAUGUAUGUGUCUUCUUUUUUAUUCAGCAAGGUACAGGCUUUUUUGCUACUGAAGAAGAUUAGGGCCACAUGUGAAACAUUUAUUUAAGUUCUGAUUUUAAAGUCAGAAAAAAAAAAACCUUUUCUCCCCAGAAUUCUGACUUUAAAGUUUAAAGACAGAAGUCAGAAAACAUUUUUUCUAUGUGGCCUUAAUCUUCUUCUGUAUUUGUGUGUGUGUGUGUGUAUGUCUGUGCACUUAAAAAUGCUUUAGUUGGGUUCUCCACGUGGAAAACAAACGUGCAGGUCAACAGUGUUGAUUUAGGGAAGCGUGGAGACUGCACGUAUUUACACGUUCACUGUACAUUUAACCUCAUAAACAUAAUCUUUAGAAUAAGGCCUAAUAACUGUCGUAACUAACACUGCAAUGCUGUAUACCUGCCGCAUGAUCUGACCUAGCUUGUUUGGUUGUGUGAGUAUUCAUCAUUCAUAGGAAUUUGAUAAGCAAAAUGUGAAUGUCUUAAUUUAAUUGAAUGCAUCUGCAUCCGUAUCCCAUAGCUACAUCACUGGAUCCAAACUCCAUAUCUGUGACCUACUUUUAUGUGCUGGUAUUGUUUUAUAGCCAAAUGACAUUCUGCUGGAGCACUGUCUGUGGCUGGCUGUGUCUUUUACUUGUUUAGUAUCUUUUGAUUAUUAAAGACAAUUCAAUUAUA